CGUUCUCGCCCGCUACGGAGAGAGGAGCACCGAGCAAGGACGUCACAGCGAGAUAUUCCUCCUCGCGAUGCCUUCCGUGGAAAGACUUUACUGAGAAUACAAGCUGACUAAAAACAAAAUAAAACUUUAGGCUUGUUGUAUUCUAUUCUCAUAUACUAUCUGCCGUGUUCCUCUGUGUAUGAGGCUGAUCCUAGCGUCGCGCCUGGUCUCGCCGUCUCUGCGCGUGUCUCAACGUAGCCCCGGCCGGCUUUGUUCGAUUUUUGACAGCAGUAGCCUCUACUCGUUACCGCUACCGACAUGGACCGUUCAGAGAGGGACAAUCGAUCAGACGAGGAAACCGAAUACGAAGAGGAGGAGAUGGAUCCUAGGAUCCAGGGAGAGCUGGAGAAACUUAACCAGUCCACAGACGCCAUCAACAGAUGUGAAACUGAACUGGAGAGCGCCAGGCAGAGGUUCCGCUCUGUGCUGGUGGAGGCCACCCUGAAGCUGGACGAGCUGCUGAAGAAGAUCGGGAAGGCAGUGGACGAGUCCAAGCCCUACUGGGAGGCCCGCAGGGUGGCUAGACAGGCCCAGCUAGAGGCCCAGAAGGCCACCCAGGACUUCCAGAGGGCGGCGGAGGUGCUGCGGGCUGCCAAGGAGACCAUCUCCCUGGCCGAGCAGCGGCUGCUGGAGGAGGACCACAGGCAGUUCGACUCGGCCUGGCAGGAGAUGCUCAACCACGCCACCCAGCGGGUGAUGGAGGCGGAGCACACCAAGACACGGAGUGAGCUGGUGCACAAGGAGACGGCGGCCAAGUACACCGCCGCCAUGAGUCACAUGAAACAGCUGGAGAAGAAACUCAAACGCACCAUCAACAAGUCCAAGCCAUACUUUGAGAUGAAGGCUAAAUAUUACCUGCAGCUAGAGCACCUGAAGCAGAAGGUGGAUGACCUGCAGGCCAGGCUCUGCCAGGCCAAGGGCCAGUACAAGGGGGCCCUCAGAAGCCUGGAGGUGAUCUCAGACCAGAUCCACGAGCGCCGGCGCUCCAGCGCCAUGGGCCCGCGGGGCCGGGGCGUCGGUGCAGAGGUGGACGGUGUUGCCUCGGAGACGGACGAAGGCUCUAUAAGCUCGGUGUGUCUGGAGGAGGAGGUGUUUGGCGGCGGCGGCAGCAGCCUCAUGUCCGAGGAGGACUCGGACACCCACUCCCUCUGCAGCCUGGGCUCCUCUCCCACCACCCCCCUGGACAUCCUCUCUCCUUAUUCCUUCACAGGCUCCUCCUGCUCCUCCUCCUGCUCCUCCUCCUCCACCUGCUCCACGUCGUCCGCCAGCCCCUCCCCUUCCCCGUCGCCCUCCUCCACCUCCUCGUCCUCGUCCCCUGCCCAGUCGUCGAGGCCCUGCAGCCUGGACCUCCCCGGCCCCGCCUCGAUGGCCGGCCUGGGCCUGGUGUCCCCCGUGCUGGGUCCUCGCAGCCAGUGCAGCGGGGCCUCGUCCCCGGAGUGUGACCUGGAGAGAGGUGACCGGGCGGAGGGUGCAGAAGGCAGCCAGGACGUCCCCUCCACUAACAGCAGCAGCAGCAGCAGCAGCUCCACUGGCCCCAAAAAGACCCUCAGCCUGGAGGGGCGCUUCAGCUUCCUCAACCUACGCCGUCCGCGAGCCAACGCCACCAAACCGGCGGCCGCGGGGCCCAGUCCAGCCGUGGUACUGGUGAAUGGAGUCUAGGGAAGGGGCAUGAGAGGGAGGGGGGAGGGAGAGGAGUUCAUCGCACCACCUCUGACUCAUAUUCUAUGUUUUGAAAAAUGGACCAGUUUGGACUACUACGAGAGCGUCCAUGUUGGCUCAACAGUGAACUGCUAGGGAAGGCGUCCAUAUUGGCUCUGCAGUGAACUGCUAGGGAAGGCGUCCAUAUUGGCUCUGCAGUGAACUGCUAGGGAAGAAGUCCAUAGUGGCUCUGCAGUGAACUGCUAGGGAAGGCGUCCAUAUUGGCUCUGCAGUGAACCGCUAUUGGGGGUGUCCAUGUUGGCUCUGCAGUGAACUGCUAUGAGGAGCGUCCAUGUUGGCUCUGCAUUGAACCACUAUCGUGGGCGUCCAUGUUGGCUCUGCAUUGAACUGCUAUGGGGAGCGCCCAUGUUGGCUCUGCAUUGAACUGCUAUGGGGAGCGCCCAUGUUGGCUCUGCAGUGAACCGCUAUGGGGAGCGUCCAUGUUGGCUCUGCAGUGAACCGCUAUGGGGAGCGCUGUAAACGGAGGACCCUUAACGUUGGACAACGCUGAUGGAUGUGACUCCUAUGUUGUAGGAGUGAAAGACUGGACCGUGAGGAACAGGUGGUGUUCGCUGAAGGGGAUUGGAGGAGAACAGAGACACAAACGUUUGUCCUAGUGUUAUGUUUUUCGUACCUUUUGUGUUAGCAUUUUUUUUUUACACACUCAAAGAGGACCUGCUGUUCUUGUCUCAGACAAAAAAUGAUAAAGACACACAAGUAGCCUGGACAUAACACUGAGUCUGAGAAUUCUAACAAUAAGUGUUGUCUAUGCUUCAUAUUACAGCAUUGGGAUUAUAAGUAAAUAUCAAAAUCAAGUGGGUUGUUCUUGUGCAUGUCUGUGCCAUUUAUCUUUUGAAUCCAUGAAAGUGUUGUCAUGGUAAAAGUAUUACGUAUAAAUUAAGCGUCUUCUUCUACUUGUGGUUGUACUGAAAGACUGCAAAUUAUGAAACGAAAAUGGCCACUGCUGAACAUUGAGUAUACUCCUAAACCUUACUAAAGGGGCAUUAUCAUGUAUGUACUAGUAUUCAUUAAGAGAUAAUGAAUACUAAUGCUUUUUAUGAUGGUGAAUUUGAGAUACAAUUUAGCAGCAAGAAUUGUUGCAGUUGUGUGCUAAAAGUCUGUUAGAUGUGUGUCUCAACUGUACUGAUUUAAACUUAUUGUUGAAACGAUAAUUGCGUCUUUCACUGCCAGUCUCAAAUCAUCAAAUAUUCUUCAGCCAUACCACUAAAGCAUCAUUUGAUUCUGAAUGUUAGCAUAUAGCUAAUGUGGUGACUGGGUUUUCUUUAAGGAAUGUGACCAACUCAAAAAAAGACUGCUUCCCAAACACCGGAAGAACCUCCUCCAGCCCUCUGAACAAAUCAUCAGUUUGAAGUUGAACCGUUUCACCACCCUCUUUCCUUGCUUCUCUUGGUGCCUGGAUAAAAGAAGUGGUUAAAAAUGUACGCAAGCUUCUGCAUUCUGUGAUAUUUUGUGAUAUGUUUCUGUAAAAAGAAGAGUGAAUUUACAGGACUAUAUUUGUGUAAUUGUCAAUGUUUUGUAUGUUAGAUUUAGUAUGUCUCCUACAGUGUGCAUUUAUUUUUCUAGUGGGUUGUGCUUCACAUGUUUUUUUUUAAUUUCAGAUAAGAGUCAAAUAAACAAUUGCUGAGCAGUUCCCUGUCCUGCUUAUUCAGUUUAAUGUGGUGCUUUAGCCUGCAGGUAAGAUUUAAGAUUUAUUAUUUGAGUGUUAUUUGUUAGAAAAGGUAAAGCUAUCAGGCAGCUAUAAGUGAGCCAAGUACACACAUAUUCAAUAGAAAACAAUAACACUUAAGAUUUAAACACAUAUAAAACUAAUACCAAGUUCCUGUGCGAGGGCAGCUCCUCUGCAUUACUCCUUCAGCAUCUCAACUUCCCCUUCAUUCAGUCUUUUAAGGCCCGUUCAAAAGGUCUCUGCUAUGCCUGGCUUACUUCAGUCUUUGAAAACAGGUCAGUGGUUGUGUGUCCCAGGGUUACAGGGACACAGUAGCUGGGCGAGGCCUUGCUGCUGAAUGGGCAGGACAGUGCUGCCGUCCUGGAAGUCCAGCCUGGCUCUGUUGAUCAGAGGUGCUUUGAGAUCAAUGAAUAUCUAGGUUUGUGGCAGUUUCCAUAAAAAUAAAAAAAUCACCAUGCUUUAAGCAGACAUAUAUAAAAUGAAGUGAUAGUGAGACAUCGUUGAACUUUGGUUGUACUGACAAGCUUUUCAGACUCCUUGAUAUUUAUUUUUCAAUCCAAGUGAACUUGAUAUUUAGAUUAAUAUCCCAAGUCUAAAGUGGUAUCAUCAGACUUUAGAUUCAUAUCUAGAAUAUAAUAAAGAUUAAAUAUUGGUGUGCGGCUUAUUUAGCUUCACAUUUGUUCCGACCGAUCAUGUUUCUGGCGGCAGGGGCCUCCACGAACACAGACUGAGAAGCAGUUGUAAACUGCAAAAUAAAAAGUAUUGAAAGGCUUCAAAUCAACACCAUACAAUGGUUGCUGUAGAAAUACACUUGUUUAAAGCCCUUUGUGAAAGCUUGACCGACUAAGCUUUCUUCUGUAAAAUAGGAGAGAAAAGCUGGAGAUCGCUUACAUUUUUAACAAGUGAUGAUGGAGAGAACAAGAA